AGUGGGGGGCGUAGCAAAGUGUAAGUGCGCCGCCCAGAUGAGUGGCCAAACUUUUGGACAAGUCUGACUCGCUCACACCGCUGAGGAAAGCCGCAUCAUCCACCCGUGGACUAAAAUCCCUCCAGCUUCUCUAACUCACCGCGUGCCGUUUUGAAAAGGCCCUGAAAGUUCUAUUAACAGACGCGUGCACCUCCAGGAGGCUCCUGAAAUUCUCCAUCCACAUCCCUUGAAAGGUCAACUGAAGUCCAAUAUGGAGUUGCUCUCUUUUCUUCUCUGCCUUGCUGUGGUUGUCUCAGGCUCACGGCAGAUGUGUGUUCCUGUGGAGGUUAGCGACAAUUCCUGGAUAUAUGUGAGGCAGUUGCAACUGGGCUGCUGGACCAGCUUCGUGGGACAGGACAUGGCCGAGGUCCACAUCCUCAAGCUCAAUUUUGCUGCCACGGAUCCCAAGAUGUUCUCUCUGGAGAUGACAGACGCCAAACCCAUGAACCUCAUCAUCACGUCGCGGGACAUUGCCUACGGUCUCUACUCGAUCAAUGCUGGCGUCAACAUUUAUAAAAGUAACACCUCGACACUGGUCCUUCACUCCAAUGAGAAACACAGCAACGUCCACGCCGUCGACUUUCCCAGUGAGGACGAGGAGCUGGUGAGGUGGGCCACUCGCACGUUCGGUGGCGUGACUUCUUUCACCACCGUGGAAAAUCUUAAAGUGCUGCUUUCAAGGCGCACAGAAGGAACAAAAGCCGGUUCUCGAGAAUGCGUGCUGCACAGCGAAGAUCCAUCAGAGAAGCACUUCAUGAAAAUUGAAGCCGCGCCCUUGACGUCUUCAUUCAAGUCCUGCUCCCCGCCGCCGGAGCCAGAGAAACAGCAGCUACGCGGCCCCACUGCCAACGACGGGGAGCUUCAUAUCAUCAAUAUCCCAGAGGAUGCCAAAAUUCGCAACGUGUCAGUUCGUGUGGACACAAAGAAGUCCAGCGUGUUCCUGAGGGGUCCUCGGGGCACCACGUGGACUUUCCUCAACGCACAGCACACCAAGUUCUGCUCCAACAAUGAGAUUGUGCUGCCUGCCAUGGCCCACCGAAUUCAGCCCAUGUUUGACCUCAGCAGCGAUCAAGCCGAGGACGUGCAGAAGAAGGCUCUGGAUUAUUUUAAGGCCGACGCCUUUACCAGCUACACCGAAAUGAGACCCGAGGGCUCCCAGUUGUUGCUGGUGCUCGGUCGAGACAGCCCAGCAGUGACAGAAACAAUAACAGAAGCCGUGCCGUCAACCACGGCGGAGCCUCAUCAGAUGCCUCUGUUGAUGCAGUUCUACACGGCGCCUGAUUACCGCUCACCCCUGGACCCCAAUACCAAGGUGCAGUGCGACAAGAAAAUCUAUGCCGAGAUUUCGGGCCACACUCUGGGUGACAUUGUUCUGACUAUCAAAGUGAUGAGCUGCUACGUGCGCUCCAAGGGCUCCUCCUGCCCGGUAGUUCAGGAGCUCCGCUUCAUACCAGAGUUCUGCUCCUCGAAUUUAUGCCCCAACAGCACACGACUGAGCUUCUCCUUGGAUAACCUGCAGGAGCUCAGCUCCACUACUUGGGACCUGGAAUGUUCUGUCAAACUUUGCUACAGCGAGAAAUGUGGCGAUGGAGGACGAGUGAAAAGAAACUUGGAGGUCACCCAGCCUUGUCAACAAACACUCAACACUCCCUGCUUUGAUUUUGGCCUCCCCGCCAUCCUGGGCAUCGCUUUCGGUGGCUUCCUAAUAGGAGUGUUACUAAUUGGAGCGCUGUGGUUUAUCAAAAUUAAAACAGGCUACCCGACCGGACUGGACAUGGCCUCCUCCUUGUCGUCCGGUUGUCCCUGCUCAGGAGCCAAGCAGCAGCCCAUAUCGUCGAACCCUUCCGCUUCGGAGAACAGCAGCGCAAACGCGAGCAUCGGAAGUACCCAGAGCACCCCCACCAGCAGCAUGGCGUGAGAUUAGGGCGAGGGAAUUGCCGACCCCUUUUUCGAGUCGGUUACGGGUUUAAUUUUUUUAUUUCAUAAAGAGGCCCAACCACCCCCUGCCCCUUUUAUUAUUAUAAAUGUUUUAAAUUGAAACUCGCCAUCUUUGACAUACAAGCCUGGAAUUGAUACAAUUGCGUUGUUUGUACUGUCGGCUGGCGGCAACGUCUAAUGGAUGGCGUGUGACGCUCACCUCUGUGGUCGCCCUUUAAAGUGUGGCUUCCAGACAGGAAGUUAAAGAGGGCAAGAGGAAAAGAAAAACAAAUUGGCUCCCAGCAACAGGAAAAACAAACCCUGUCCCCCCCUGAGAGCCAGCAGGAAAUUCACUGCAUUCCUCCGCCGAUUGUGACGGUUGCACAAUCAAAGUCGGGGCGGCGGGAGAUGAAGCAAACGACAGACGUGGAUAAAGGCAAGCCUACUGCUUCAAAACGGUUAACAUAAGAACCAACAAAAAUCUAUCAAGCGGUCUUCAAUAAUUGAGCAAAACAUCUGAAACUCUCUCCGAAAGUGGAAUCAGUCCCCAGAGUUCCUGUUGUCCUUUUCAAUAAAUUUGAUGCCUAACCGCUCUUGUAUUAGGCAGGCAAGUUAGGUAAUGCAAAGACAGAUUUGAAAAACUGUACUGUACUUUUUGCCUCCUUAGUUCCAGUUCCCAUUUUUGACAAAUAUGACGCAAACAGUUUUUUUUUUUUUUUUUAGCUUAUUGUGGGACUAGUGAUGAAGUGAAAAGAGAUGUAAAAUAAGCAUCCUACUACCUGUCUCCAAACAGUUAGCAGUUAACAUCGAAAGACACAUCUAUGGCCAUAUUUCAUGUCGCCGUUUGACACAUUUGAUGUUACAAAAAAUGACAAAAGCUCUUGUUAAUACAAGAGUGGAAGAUGAAGGGAAAAGGGUUAGGCUUGCCAAAAAUAUUCUCUUACGACGGGUAACAGUCUCCAUAAUUUCCUGUCGCCACCAUUAUGUCAGCCCUGAUAUUAGCUUUCCUUGCCCGAAAAACAAUCAAGAACCAUCAACGGAAGGACUCUGGAUGCUUUGAAGGUAGCAAUCUGUUUGACAACGUUAGGAAAUGUAGCAUUUGUCAGUAAGCACAACACUGUCUCAACAAGGACAGAACAUUGACGUUGCCUCCAAAUCAGCUGCUGGACUGCAAAUCGGAUUGUUGUCUGUGUAUUUUAGACUUUUUUUUUUUUGUUUUCCUCAAAAUUCCUGUAUUGCAAAAAUGUAUAAUUGCUGGCAAUGUAGAAAAAAAAGUUAUCGUCGUCUCUUACUGUCACAGCCAUAAUGUGAUUUUAAUGCUUUAUUUUCAUAAAGUAGAUGUAAGCAAUAAUUUCCAGCUGGUUUCUUUCAACAAUCCACUUUCCAUAAUCAAUAUUCUUGAUCAGUGCUUUCCAUAGCAGCACUGCAUUUUGUGUCUAAUGUUUAAUUAAUCAUCUGUCCAAUGAAAAGCGAUUAAUUUGCUGAUUUUCAUACACAAGUCCUUAUUUUUUUGUUAUUUUAGAAAGGUCACUUGUUUUACAUCAAAACUAAAGUAAUAUCUGUUUUUUUUUUGCCACUUUUCUAAACGAGUGAUAUAUUUCUUUUCCCUACAAAAACGAACAAAAGUCCAAGUGUUUGUUUUUCGGGAGAAGAAAGUAUAGACUUCUCUUUCUCUACAGUCAUUUGUUGUCCCCCAAAGAAGAAAUCACCAACUUUUCAUUGGACAGUGUUGAUUUGGUGACUUUCUCCUUUCUCUCUGCCCCACUUUUUUGUGCUUUCUCUAUUUUUGUAUGUGUGCGGAUGACAGAAGGGCCAGUACAAAUCACCACUUGAGUAUUUGUGCAAUACAUGGAGGAGCGAUGACACACUUGUCUCUUCAUUUAUAAUGUUUAAAAAUCAAACUGUUUGAGUUUCUGCCUUCAUUUAAAUCAUUUAUACAAAAUCAAAUUGUGCUGCUGCUGAAUCAUUACAUCCUGUAUUAAUAUGUAUCAUAGGAGAAUUACAGGAUCAAUGUAUCAUCACCAUAGUAUUUUAGACUUUUAUAUGUAAUGAAUUGGGACCAUCCCUCAAUGAAGGCACUGACCAAAUGCACAAUAUUUUUUGUAAAUGUACUUUUUCUUAAUAGUUACUGUAUACAUUUGACUUGGCAUCAAGACUAACAAAAAUGUCCAUUUGUUGAGACUGUAGUCCAGGGACUGUGUAUUAUGUUUGUGAAGGAAUACUUAUUUUUUAUGAAAAUUACAUGAAUAAAGUGAUAAUGACUUUA